CAGCUACGACGCUCUUGUGGGGCGGAGCCGACAGGAAAUUUAAACCGGAGCCGCGGCCGACGGCGCCUGGAGACUGACAAUGUACUCGUGCAGUUCCCGUCGGCACGCGGCCGUCUGAAAUCGCUCAUGGAGCCCGCGAAUAUAACGCGGAGGCCUUGAGGAAGGAGUACGGAGGCCGAGAAGGAGCCGAGAACUUGAGGAGGGAGCCAGGCAAGGGUACGGAUGCCGGGAAGGGGAAGAUGGGGUGAGAAGGCGACGGCAGCUUCUCUGAGCUGCAGAGUUCUAUGGCGGAGAGUAGGCUCCGGGCUCCGGACCUAGGGACUCAGCUGGGAGUUUCCAGUUGUCUGGAAAAAUGCUGGAAGAGCUCACCAGACACUGGGAAGCAGCCCUUCUCUGGAAAGUCCUUUUAUCUGGAUCUGCCUGCCGGCAAAAGUCUCCAGUUUUUGACGAGGGCCAUCCAGCAGCUGGGUGGGGUAAUUGAGGGUUUUCUGAGCAAAGAAGUAAGUUACAUCGUGUCCAGCCGCAGAGAGGCGAAAGCAGAGAGCAGUGGGACAAGCCCCAGAGGCUGCCCCAGCCCCAGCAAGGUCAGAGGACAGACACUAUCCAUGGCCCAUCCGAAGGGCGGCCACACCAGGCCUUCACAGAAGCCUGCAGACUCGGUGCCCAGGAGCAGAGGCAAGGAGCUACUGCAGAAGGCCAUCAGAAACCAGGAGAGUGGCAGCAGGGGAGGUGGCGGGAGAAGCAGCAGUCUCCUGACCAGUGCCCGCGCCUGGGGAGUGAGGAUCCUGCACGUGGACGAAAUGCUGAUGCACGUGCAGCAGCUGUCUCUUGAUACUGUGUGUGUGAAGAAACAAGGGCCAAAGAAGAAGCCAGAGGUGGGUCGUCCUGCUGAACUGAAGGGAAAUGGACAGUCUGCAGUGGUGAAGUCUGUGACAGCUUCGGGAACAUGUCCAGCAGAGUCAAGAACGCGAAAAGUGGCCAGGCUGAAGGCACCGUUCCUCAAAAUCGAAGAUGAGAGCAGGAAGUUUCGUCCCUUCCACCAUCAAUUUAAGUCCUUUCCUGAAGUUUCUUUUCUGGGACCCAAAGAUGCAAGUCCCUUUGAGGCCGCGAUGACCCCGGGCAGCUCGCAUCAUACCAGAGAACCCAAGGACCGCGAGCCGAGCCUGCGAUCGGCCGCCCGCACCCUGCCCAGGAGGAGGAAGGGCUUCUGUGAGUGCUGCCAGGAGGACUUUGAGGAGCUCCACGCGCAUCUCCAGAGCACCCGGCACCGGGGCUUCGCCCUAGAAGCCCACCCGUAUGCAGAAGUCGAUCGGGUCAUUGCCCAGCUUGGCCACAGCUUUGCCGACGCCCCCUCCCGGGCCGGCCUCCCCAGGCAGCCGGGCUCCCCGUCUUCAGAUGGUGACCCUCUGUGGCCUGAGACUCUGCCUCCCGGCCAGCCCUCCCAGCCCCGGGCCGCAUGUCCCGGGAUGAGACAGGAAGACGAGCUCCCGGCCCCGGGCGCCCCAGAGCGAGCCGGCUCGGAGGGCAGCGUGAAGCCACCCGCCGAGCCCAUGGGGGCUGGCCACGUGCCAGGACCAGUAGCAAGCUGCCGGGAGCUGGGGGGCUCAACGGAUGUCAUUGCAGACCCCUCAGGGACGCCAGGGUCCAAGAGCCCUGUACGCCAGCGCCUCCCAACACGCUCUGGUUCUGCGGAAUUCUCCAGCCUGGACGUGGCCCCUGUUGGCCACAAGCGGAAGGUUCAGCUCCCCGGUGGCAAUCCCGAGAAGAGGUCAGGGGUCUCCCGGCCACAGGCCUCCUCCUUCGUUCCGAGAGCCAGCAGCCCCUGUGGCACCAGGACAACCAGUGGCAGGCCUCUCCUCUGCCUUCCCCUUCCGGGCUGUGAGCACAGGCCCUUGGCCUCCCUCCUCCCCGUCCCAGAGCCCCUCCCCUGGCAGCCCACGGAAAGGCCAGCAGAGCCCCCUUGGCCUGGGGGAGGAUGGCCCCCCGGGAUCUGAGGAGUCUGAGCGUGCAGCCCCCCCAUCCCUGGCCCUGUCCGCGGCCGGCUGGCUCCAGGCCAGCUGUCAGCCCACCUGCACUCAGCGGCGGACAUGCAGGCCCCAGAGGGACCUGCGAGGGCCAGUCCGCCAGCGGAGGAGCCGGCUGCUCCCAGUGGUCCUGCCCACCGCCCCCGGUCUCCCAGCACCCGCAGAGGACUGCUCCCCGGAGUUCCCUGGGGCCGCAGCAGCCCCCAGCCUGAGGGCCAGAGACGCAGAUCCUAGUGCUGCACACCGCCCGGGAAGGGGAGCGCCUCAGGCCUCCCCGCCAGAGCCGGAAGAGCCCGGGGCCUGGCCUUUGAAGUCCAGGUGAACAGCCGAGGUCUCGGCCGAGCUCUGUGGGGUCGACAGAGCCAGUCCACCCACUCGCCGGGUCUUGGGGGCGUGCCAAGAGAGUCUGGGCUGGGGGCUGCUCUCUGCCCCUACCUCCAGCCGUGUCCCGACUGGGCAGCCCGCUACGGUGCGCUCGUCCCUGCCAGCCGCCCGCUCCAGGAGGCAGGGGGCAGAGGGAGGGGCCGCAAAGAAGCCACCACAGCAGGAGCCCUGGCCCGGCUUCCUGUCCCUCUGGAGGCACUUGCCUCUUGCUGCGCCCGGUUUUAUUGUUACCCACCCCCACCCCAGCCUCCUUUCCCAGGAGCAUGUGGCUCCCCUGCUGUCUGAAAUGCCUGUGUGUCCCUCCCCCGGCCCCCCACGCUCACACACACACAGAUCCUCAGGAACAUAUGAAGCAGAGGGGCUGGCUGCGGGGCCCCCAGAGCUCCCUCGCCCCUGCGUUUGGUGGGAGCCCAGCACUGAACGGACCUUUCCCCUGAGUCCGGGGAUGGCCAGACCCCCCCACCCCGCUCUUCCCUGGCUGCCCCCCCAUUUCUGCUACUCCAGGGUCAGCGGUUCACCUGCCAACUUCUGCAUCACCCUCUUCCCUCCCUCCCUCCCUCCUUCCCCAAGGACCUCCCCUCAUUUCUUUUAGCCAAGCCAUUAAUCUGGAGACAGAGAUGGGUUUGCUAUCGAUUCUCUGGCCACUUUUUUUUUUAUUGCAUUUUGUGCUGUGGUUCUUCUCACCCUUCUCUGCCUCAGUGCGUUUGUUUCUUUAAAUGUUGGAGCUACAAGAAGCCUGGUGCUAUUCUGUGGCUCAUUUUGGAGGAAGAAAGGGGGGCCUAGCUGCGGGUGAGGACCUGAGUUGUUACUUUGGAAAUAGAGUAACUCUGUGUACAACCCGCAUAGAGGUCAUGUUUGGCCUUUUUAUGCCAUUCCUGUUAAAUUUCACAAUUAAUCUUGGUUCAGGAACUGUAAAUAAAUUUGUUAAUAACAAAUA